CAACUAACCAAAUACAGCAGACAAAUCCAACAUCACUCACACUAACUAACACACUCUGAACUUUAAGCACAUACUGGAGCGGACGUCCUGACCAGAUAGUCACGCUGGCUGUGGACUGUGGGGCAGCUCAGGAGAGGACACUGUUGCUACGGCCAGAGCAGAAAACGAGUGCUCCGUUCAAGAUGGAAACUGCUCAGGAACGCAAACCAAAAAGGCCACACUACAUUCCCCGGCCGCCAGGCAAGCCCUUCAAGUACCAGUGUUUCCAGUGUCCUUUCACCUGCAAUGAGAAGUCCCAUCUCUUCAACCACAUGAAAUACAACUUGUGUAAAAACUCCAUCUCCCUGAUGUCACAGAAAUGCGGGCCGACAGCCCGACAGGCCAAGGCUGUGGCAAAAGAAGUCCCUUUAAAAUCAAAGGAUUGUCCAAGCCCCCCACCAGAAACUCUGAAAAACAGCCCUGAGAAAGGGGGAGCCGAGGAGAACAGAGCUGAGAGCAGAGACGACACUGAAGAAGUAGAAGAAGUAGAUGUUGGGCGUGAUAGUCCGUUCAUUAAGGACAGCAGUCUGACAAAAUCAAAUACAGACACAGAGAGAGAGAACAACGAGAGCAUUGAGGCCAAGUCUCUACCCCGCCCUUCUGCCUUCUAUGCUGUCACACCCAAAAAUGACAGCACAGAAGCCUUCAAGACACCUGUGCAGCAGUCAGAAGAUUCACCAGCUUCUGUUCCCUCUUUCAACCACCCAGGCUUCUCAUGGGGAAAAAUUUCAUCAUCCCUCCCCUUGAAACCAUUCCCUCCUCCGAUUGUUCCAGAAUACUCCCCUUAUCUCCUGCCUGACCGGUCGCUGUACCCACCAUACUACCUCUCAGGAAACCAUAACGUCAGUGAGUCAAACUCAUCUUCUUUACAACCACAGUUCCUGGAUCCACAAAGGCCUGUAGUACCACAACCAAUUGCUCCACCUCACCUCUUUCCCCCGUACCCAUACAGAUACUGCCACCCUCUUAGUGCAGGCCCCCCUCUACAUUACACCCUGUACAGACCCCAUGAGCUUUCUAUGGCAAUUACAGGACCCAGAUAUAUACCUUUAGAGUUGUACGGCCCAACACUUGGGCCUAAAGAUUAUGAAAUAUACAUGCAUUCACAUCCCAGCUACAACAGCCUCAACACAUCCACACAAGAAGAGAACAACCAUGUGCAAAGCGGAGACAAGGAAACCAGGCUAAGUCCUAAAGAGGGCUGUUCAGCCUUGGGGUCCCCUGACAGACCAAGUCAUGCCCACAUAAUCCAGAGAGACGCAGAUGGUCGCCACUACACCGACAUAGGUAUGUCACAGACAACCACCCAAAUAGGACACACAGAUAAUGCUGUGCAACCCACUGAACCUGACGAGAGACGCGAGGAGUCUGCAGAAAGCUUGCUGCAGUUAAGAACCCUACAUGUGAACGGAGGAUCACCUGAGAGUCGCACGCGUCCCCCUAUGUCAGUCUCUGAGCCUUGUCCACAGACAACAUCAGAAAAGAAUACUGAGGCCAGCAGAGAAGAUCUGACACCUCUCAACCUCUCGAUGAAAAAUCAGGAGAGAGAAAACAGUUCAUCUGACAGUAGACUGAGGUGCUCUGAAAUCAAGGAAUUAAAGUCAGCGGAUAUACCUCUGAACCUCAGCCUGCGUGUCUCUUGCAAUAGCCCAGCACGUGGCUCUGCCUUGGGCACUUCAGAGGACCCUGAGCUGGGGUCAGACGCUGAGCAGGAAGAGGAACCAUUUGACCAAAGGCAGACUGCAGCACUAGCGCUGUGUCAGCUAGCCAUUGCAAGCUCUGCUGCCUCUUCAUGUGACUUCAGCACUGCGGAUGAGCUCUCAGAGGCUAAAAGGCCUGACUCUCCAAAGAAGACCAAACACACAACUAAGACUAAAGCAACUGGCAUGAAAAGAGCAAGUAGUGGCCAGGCUGAAAGCAACUGCCAUAAACCAAAAAAGAGAGCAAAAGCAGCAGGGCGUGCUCUGAGGAGGAGGCCUCGAUGCUGCUAACAGCUGAACUCUGACUCUUUGUAUAUUUGGUAAUAAGGACAGAAUAUUUCCAACCUUUAUUGCUGCAAGCCUGAAUGGGAUUUAAAUGAACUUAAUGAACCUAAAUCAAGCACUGAAAAAUCUGUUUAUUCUAGCAGUAUAAAUGUGACUGUAAUAUCUGCUGUAAAACACUGCGGCAAAACGGUUACACACUGACUUGUUGUGUGCAGGUAGUGUAUGUUAUGUAUUGUUCUGACACUUGAUUGGGCAAGGUAAAAGGCAACUUUUAUUUGGGUUCUGAAUAUUUAAAGCUGGACAAAGCAAGUAUGUAAAGAAAGCAAGUACAUUUUUUACAACAGAAGAUUGAACAUAAGACUGUACUGUAAAUGUAUAUAUGAUGAAUAAAUGUAUUGCUAACAACU